AUGGUGGAUUCGGUGGACUUGCAGCGGCCCCUGGCCACCCAGGAGUCCAUCGACGCUGGAAGCAUCACCAGCACCUGGGAAUUCUCACAUUGGCAUCGAUCACUCCGGAGAAUGACCUUCGACUUCCUACACCCAGGAGAGGAACUGCUAAGAUACUAUUCCUGGAGAUUUUGUCGGUUGGCGAAGCUCCAUAGCUGGCUGAUUCCGGUGCUGCUGCUGGUGAAUGCGCUGCAGGCGCUGGCGGUGUUGGUGGCACUUCAUCUGCAGGUGGCCGAUGAACUCUGGAAAUUUCGGCUCUUGGUGGCAGCGUUGACUGCGUUGAUCUUCAGUGUCGAGUUUCUGCUGCGGCUGUGGACCUGCGUAGAGGACCAUCCAGCCUUGGCGCUGCAAGCCACCCUGACGCGGCUCCGUUUUCUGAUGAAGCCAUCGAACAGCCUGGACAUCUUGACUUCAGGUUUCUUGUGGGCCGUGGUGGUGGUGAUCUUCAAACGAAAAGAGGUGACUUAUCCGGAGGCCUUCUUCAGGUUGGCCUUGAUUUUCAGCAUGGCCAGUGGUGGUGUGAUGCCCCGUGGCUCUGGAUCCAAGAAUAGUACCGCCUCCUUACAUCCCGAGAAGAUCCUGGAGUACGACUUUGGAGCUGACCGCUGGAAGACCAACGUGUCCUUCCGUAGUGGCGGCAAGAAGCGACGCAGGAGCGUCUUCGAGAAUCUGCCGCAGGAGGAUGCCUUUGGAUUCGAUCCCAAGUCGGGUCGCAAGUUCAGGCUGCUGCUGUUGAUCAGCGCCUCGCUGAGUUCCGUGGCCUCCUUUGCGGUGGAUCGCGGCUCCGGCUUGCUGCAGGAAACGACGCAAGAAACUCUUCAGCUGGUGCAAGACCUCAGCGGCUAUGGAACUUCCUCGAAGUUCUUGAACUUCUGGGUGAUCUUCAUCUGCAACGGUGCCUUCCUGUGGAGCGCCUAUGGCCUGGUUCGCUUUUCGCCGGAGGCGGCGGGCAGCGGAUUGCCGGAGGUGAAGUGCAUCCUCAGUGGUAUCGAGCUGGGGAAUUUCCUGAAGCCUCGAGUGCUCGUGGCGAAGUCCUUCGGUCUCAUGCUGGUGCUCGGUGCCGCCAUGCCGGUGGGGAAGGAAGGACCCUUUGUUCACAUCGCCUCGUGUAUCAGCGCGAUGCUUCUGGAAUCGGAACGGUGCUUUGCAUCCGUGAGCCUGGACCGGCAGGAGGUGCUCCUUGCGGCUGUGGCUGUGGGUGUCGGCGCCACCUUUUCAGCCCCCGUGGGGGGCGUCUUGUUUGCUCUAGAGCUGAUGAUGCCACGGCUCUACGACACCUCCUCCUACUCUGCGUGUUUCUUCGCAUCGACCUUCGGAACCUUUGUCUUCAUGUGUUUGAACAUGUUCUUCUCCGGCAGUGGCCAGCUGAAGCCACUCUUCAACUCGGACAUCACCGCAGAACAUUCGCCCACUUUGGGGGCUGAGAUCCUGUUCAUCUUCCUGAGUUUGAUCACUGGAGCACUCAGUGGAGCAUUGGCCAGCACCUUUGUGCUAUGCCACAGGCGCGCCGUUGGGGCGAUGAACGCCCUCAGAGGUCUGGCACCACUCUGUGGCGAGAAGAAAGCAGGUCAGUCGGUGCCGCGGGAUUUGGCGAUUUUCCUCGCGGCCGGGGGCAUCGCUGCGCUGCUGAAAGUUGGGGCAGGCAGCAAACUGCUCACCUUGGGGACCGGCCCGUUCCUCAGUUCGAUCUUCGCCACCGAAGCACAUCUGCAGCACCCUGAGCUCAGCAGCCUCUCAGGACUGCUGCUCCUCUUUCUGGCGAAAACGAGCUUCACCGUCAUGGCCCUGUCCAUGCCGGUCCCCGCAGGUGUGGUGGCUCCGUCGCUGAUGCUGGGCGGCAUCUUUGGCCGCCUCGUGGCCGCGCUGCUGCCCUUGUGGUGCAUCGACUUCUUGGCGCCCGACGGGGACUUUGGGCAAUACAUCGCCAGGUUGGCCAUCGUGGGCGCCACCUGUUUCUGCGGCGCCGUCUGCCGCGUGAAUUCUGUGGUGGUCACCGUCUUCGAACUCAUCGCGGUGCCGCGGCUGAUCUUGCCGUUGACCUUGGCCACGAUUGUGUCCAACUAUUGCGCCAACAGUGUUGGUCCCUCGAUCUUCGAUUCCAUUCUGCUGAUGAAAAAGAUCCCGGCCAUGCCCACCCUGCGCGCCUCCGCUCGCGCCUUGCAGCCUGUGAAGAAGGUCUUGGAUCAUACGAUGCUGAGCCUUUGCCUGCCGCGCACAGCUCAAGGGAACGAUUUCCAACGCCUGAAAUUCAUCAAGCAGAGCAGGGAGGCGGAAAACCGAAGCGUUCCUCGCAUGGUGCCUAUCGUCGAAGAGGUGACCCACAACGAGCAGCAGCGCCUGGUAUUGCUGGGUGCUGUGAAUUGGGAAGACGUCGAUGCCCUGCAAGUGGCGGGAGGCAACGACGUGUUGGUGGCCGCAGUGAAGUUGGGCAAGAUUUUGCAGGAGCCACUGCGCAUCUCGCCCAAUAUCUCGCUAAAGAAGGCUUAUAUCGAGAGUCAAUCUGUGACCCGCCAGGGUCCCAUGAUGGUUGUGGAGGACGGCUUUCUGGUGGGCAUCCUGCCGCACGAUGAUCUGGUACGUUCUGGGGCCAAAGCAGCCGAACAUCAGCUCAGACUGGGGCGAACUGACCCCAUAUCAGUGGAGUUGAAAUCGCGCGGCGACCGGCUCAUCGCCUUCGCCGUGGGACUUGGUAUGCACCGAGGCUCCAGAUUGAACAGGAUUUGGAGAGACAUGAAGGAUGUUUCGGCCUCAGUUGAGCGAGAAUUGAUAGGUGUGAAUUGCUUGGCCUGGAGUCGCGAUGGUAGCCUUCUUGCAUCAGGCAGUGAUGACACGUGCCUCUGCAUCUGGUCCUACAAUCUCAGGAUGCAACUGAAACUUUGCUUGCGAACUGGACACGCGGCCAACAUCUUCGGUGUCGCCUUUCUGGCCAAUGAGCCACUGGUGUGCACCUGUUCUGUGGAUGGGACGGUGCGCUUGAUGGACAUCGCCGCCGAGCGCUGUGCCUCCGUUUGGCGAGCACACACGCGAGGAGCCAACAAAGUCGUCACGACCUUUGAGGAACCCAAUUUGGUGACGUCUUGUGGAGGUGAUGGCAAGGUGCGACAGCACGACAGACGCGUUCGUCGCCCUGAUCUGCUGUUGGACUGGGAUCUUCGUUGGGACGGUGCACGGCUGGGAGUGGCAGGGGCGGAGAUCAAUUCCAUGACCAGCUGCAGUCUGCGGCCCGAACUCUUGGCGCUGGCAGGUGACGAUCCAUUCCUUUGGCUCUACGACAGGCGCAUGUUGGCCGGCUGCGAGCCCUUAGCCAUCUUUCGGCCCGACGGCCUGCCGCUGGCGCCGAGUGCUUCAGUGACUGGUGUGGCGUUGUCGCCGGAUGGUCGCCGACUCCUGGGCUCUUGGCAGCGGCAAGACGUCUACCAGUUCUCCAGCGACCAGGGGCAAAGCAGGCCCAGCUUGACCUCGUUGAUGGGUCAGAAGCCGGGUCGACGACAUGGCUGGACUCCGGAGACCCUGGAAACUCCGGAGGAGGGAAGUGACGCGAAGUUUGUGGGGCACAGCAACAUUCGCACCAUCAAAGAGGUCGCCUAUUUGGGACCUGAGGCGGCCCUGGUCGCCAGUGGCUCUGAUUGUGGCCACCUCUUUGUCUGGGACGCGCGGACUGCACAGCUGUUGCUGGUGCGAAGAGGGGAUCAUUACGUGGUGAAUGCCAUCGCCACACAUCCGCGUGAUCUGUGUCUGGCAACCAGUGGCAUUGACACCACUGUGAAGAUCUGGAUGCCCAGCCGCUCCGAGGAAGCCAUGCCGUUGGACCUUGCCAACUUCCCAUGGGUCAAAGAAAUCCUCCGCGCCAAUAAGACGCGGCACACCAUGGCUGCGACGGAUGUGCACUUCAUGGAGAACGUCUUCGGAGACUUUGAAUUCCCGAAUUUCGACGAGGAUGAUUUGAUCUCGUCAGAGGACAUGAACAGAUCCCGGCUCAGUUCCUGUUUCAAGGCGUCCAGGUACGACACGGUGGAUGAAGACUGGAAAGCUAGCGACAUCUACGAGGCGUCAGCACCGACUGUGACGGUGGACGGUGAGGGUAUGACUCCAGAAGAGCAGGAUGCUGCGAUGCAAGAGCUCUUCGAGGAGGCAAACAGAGGUGGCCCACUUGGAGCAGGGCCAACUAUGGAUCCUAGGCGACAGGUGGCUUCGGACCUCGCGGUGGAACGCGCCCAUGGCGAAGUGGCCGCGCAGGUGGCCAAGGCCAAGGCGGCCAAGGCGGCCAAGGCGGUGGAAGGCCAGGACGCGGACAAGGAGGCGAAACGCCAGAAGCGUCGGGAGUAUCGCGAGAGGAAGAAGCUGAAGCAACAAGCUGGGCUCUUCAUCAAAGCCAAGGAGAAUCCCAACGUCUAUGUCUCGGGUCUGCCUCCAGACACCACCGCCCAGGAACUGGACCCCCUCUUCAAGCGAGCCGGAGUCCUUAAGUUGGACAUGGAAACCUGUGCCAGCAAGAUCCGCGUCUACACCGGAGCAGAUGGGAGGUGCAAAGGUGACGCCCUGGUGACUUUCGCCAACGCUGCCUCGGUGGAACUGGCCGUGAAAUUUCUCCACGAAUAUGAGAUCCGGCCCGGCUGCCGAAUCUGUGUGCAGCAGGCGGAUUUCGAGGAGACGGAGAAGAAAGACGCCAAGUUAUCCAAAGACGAGCUCAAGGAGUUGGCCGCGGCCAGAAAGCCGGAAGAUCAGCGGGCCAAAUACUUGGCGGCCAAGAACACCUUGAAGGAGGCGGUCUCCUGGAGCGGAGAGAUGGACGACGGCACGGGGCGCCGCAUUGUCCUGUUGAGGCACAUGUUCUCCCCGGAGCAGGCAGAGAAAGGAGGUCCCAGCUUCUACGAGGAGCUCAUUGAAGAAGUCAAGGAGGAAUGUGAGAAGAUCGGCCAGGUGAUGAGGGUGACACCCAUCGAGCGCCACGUGCAGGGCAUCGUGUGCAUCAAGUUCAAACUUUCAUCGGAAGCUGAAGAAUGCAUUCGAGUCAUGGACGGCCGGCUCUUUGAUGGUCGCUACCUGGAGGCGUCCUUCUAUGAUGGGAAGACGGAUCUGAAGGCCUUUGGUGUCGUGCAGGACCCCCCGCGGAAGCCUUCAGAAGAGGCGCCUCCAUCGGCACCGCCUCCGCGGGCGUCGGCGGAAGCACCGGCCGCGGAAAACAAAACCACGGCGGAAGCAACGGCCGGGGAAGUUGAUGAGGAGCCGGAUGCACCAGAGCCGAUCGUGCUUGAGGAGCCGAAUCCCACAGAUCCAACAGCGCCGGAGAUCCAACAGGCCUAUGACGCCAUGUUCGAAGACCAGUCCAGUGAUGAUGAGGAUUUGGUGGUGCGCACCGAAUGAGCCGAGCUCAGAGCUGAGAGCUGAGCGGGGCGCCGGGAAAAACCGCCGUUGCCUG